AUGAAUUUUGAAUUUGAGAGGGAGAUCGGGUUUAUAAAUAGCCAGCCUUCGCUCGCAGAGUGCCUGACGUCUCUCCCCGCUGUCCUGGAGACAUUUCAAACUUCAUCAAUCAAGGAGUCGACAUUAAUUCCUCCUCCUUUUGAGCAAGCCGUCCUCAGCCUGAAUCCUUGUUUCAGCAGCCAGGCAAGACCGAGGAGCCAAAAAAGAGCAUCCCAUGGCCUGGGGCAGCCGCCGCCCACGCCGCCCGGCUCCGCAGCGGCCGAAUUCCCCUGGAUGAAGGAGAAGAAACCGUCCAGAAAAGCGACCCCGGCUCCAUAUUCCUCUUCAUCCUCUUCCCCGCCAGCGCCUUCCUCGGUGCCGGUGUCCGCCGCGGGAGCUGCUGCAGAAAUACAGGGCCUGGGCGACGGUAGCGGCUCGCGGCGGCUUCGCACGGCCUACACGAACACGCAGCUCCUGGAGCUGGAGAAGGAAUUCCACUUCAACAAGUACCUGUGCAGGCCGCGGCGCGUCGAGAUCGCCGCCCUGCUCGACCUCACCGAGCGCCAAGUCAAGGUUUGGUUCCAGAACCGGCGCAUGAAGCACAAGAGGCAAGCGCAGCACAAGGAGCCCCCCGACGGCGACGUGGCCUUCCCCAGCCUGGACGAGGGCAGYGACCCCGCGGACGAGGCCGAGGAGAGCCCCGCGCUGGGGCGGGCUGCGCGGGGCGGCGCGGAGCGGGGCUACCCGACGGGCCGGCGCUCAGCCGCGCUGCCGGAGCCGCUCGCGCUCCCGGCGGAGCCGCCGCCCGAGGGGCUCCCCGACGGCCUCUCCCUGCACAGCCCCGUGCACCUCUCCGAGGAGGAACUGGACUUCUUCACCAGCGCGCUCUGCACCAUAGACCUGCAGCCGCUCGACUUCCUGUAG